AUGCCCGAUAAUUAUGUUAAAAAUUAUCUCCGAGCUAUCACCAAUGCUUAUGUCAGUAAGACAAAGGAUGAGGACUUUCGGUAUCUUGUGCAAAUUAGGGAAAUUAUAAGCAUUUUGGAGAAUCGGAUGAAGCUUGAGGAAAAUAUUACAGAAUGGAAUGAACUUGCUGCAGGAGACGAAGAGAUAAAGAAACUCGGAUUCGAGGAACUACAAAUGUACAUAAGCCAUUUAAAUGAACUAGAUAACAACCUGUUAGAAGUAAUCCAGGGCAACCUCGGUCGAGAUAGUUGCAAAAAUGUAAUGUUCGAGGUAACAGCAGGAGUAGGAGGUUCAGAAGCGAUGAUAUUUGCAGCUGAUCUCCUGGAAAUGUAUCAGAACUACUGUGACCGCCUUGGGUUAUCCCAAGAAUCUAUUGAAAUUAACACAACAGUGGGUGGCAUACGUUCUGCAAGUAUGGUCGUCUCGGGUGACCGAGCAUUUGAAAUACUCAGACACGAGGGAGGUGUCCACAGAGUUCAGAGGAUUCCCUCCACUGAGAAAAAUGGAAGAAUACACACUAGCACCGCUGCUGUUGCUGUUAUUCCGCAGCCAAGUGACAUUGAAGUUGUCAUUAAGGACAAAGAUUUGAAGAUCGAUACGAAAAAGGCGACUGGAGCUGGUGGCCAACACGUCAACACAACAGACUCUGCUGUGAGAAUCACUCAUAUUCCCACUGGAACUGUCGUCGAGGCACAGACGGAUCGUUCACAGAUAAAAAAUAGAAAAAUUGCUAUGAUGAAACUGCGAAUAAAAAUCUACGAACAACAGUUAGAUGAGCGUAUGGCAGAGGUAGGAUCCAUGAGGAAGAAGCAGAAGGGGAUGGGCAUGAGGAAUGAAAAAAUUAGAACUUAUAAUUAUAGCCAGGAUCGAAUCACUGAUCAUAGAAUUGCUGAUGGGACUCUACAUAAUUUGAGGGGAUUUAUGGCCACUGGGGAGGGAUUGGAGGAGCUUCAUGAGAAACUUCAAAGGCGGUUGCAAUUCAAGAUGCUUCAGGAGGCUAUUGAGCGAUGGAAAUGACCAGAGAUAAAGUCGUGAUAAUGACGUUUAGGUGAAAAGAACAAUUAUUUAUUUAUUUUCAGAAAGAAAAUAGAAAAUGCAGAGGAAUGAAAAUGAAGUGAUGAAAGAGUUGAGAUCCCAGGACUCUUUGUGAUAAGCGAAGAUGGAGCGAGCCCUCCUCCGCAGAUGAAAAAUGAUAUUUUCAAUAGAUAAAUGCACUUGGUUGUGCCGAUAGAGGUGGAACCACGUGUGGCUAUGAGGGAAAAUGCAAUUUUGUGUCCUAAAUGGAUCCGUUUGUUAAUAAAGAUUUGUAAAAUCAUAAGAAUGCUAAUAAGAA